UAUCUAGAACUAGAUAUACUCAUAGCUAAUAUUUAAUUAUUCUAGACUAGAUUCUAGAUCAUCAUCAUCUUUGUCUUUAUCAUCUUACACUAAAAUUCUAAAUUAAAAUGGAUCAAUUACAAUACGAAGCGAAUAGAAGUAAAAAUUGUUUAAAUUUAAUCGAGUCAUCUGUUUCUGAACGUUUACAAAGUGAGCCCUGUUGGCUAGGUGUUGAUGAAGCAGGACGAGGCCCUGUUCUAGGUCCCAUGGUUUAUGGAAUAUGUUUUAGUCCAAUAGCAGAUAAGGAAAAACUAACAGAAUUAAAAUUUGCAGAUUCAAAAACAUUAUCAGAAGAACAACGAGAGUCUCUGUUCUCUCAGAUCAAUGAAUCACUACACAUGUUGGGAUGGAUGGUGGAAAUUUUGUCUCCAACAUAUAUUUCCACCAGCAUGCUGAGCAGAGAAAAAUACAACUUGAAUGCUUUGUCCCAUGACUGUGCCAUUAGACUAAUUCAACAAGCAUUGAACAGAGGUGUAAACGUCUCAGAGGUGUAUGUUGAUACUGUUGGGGAUGCUACAAAAUACCAAGCAAAGCUGCAAGAUAUAUUUCCAAAUAUUAGCAUCACAGUCAGCAAGAAAGCAGAUUCUUUGUUUCCUAUUGUCAGUGCAGCAAGUAUAUGUGCUAAGGUUGCAAGAGAUCAGGCUGUCAAAAAUUGGAAAUUUCAGGAAAAUAUUUCACUUGAAGAACCAGAUUAUGGAUCAGGCUAUCCAGGAGAUCCUAAAACCAAGAAAUUUUUGGAAGAAAGUUUUGACAAAGUUUUUGGAUUCCCUUCUUUUGUACGCUACAGCUGGUCAACAGCCUCACAGAUAAUUGAUAAAAAGGGUGUUUCUGUUUUAUGGGAAGAUGAUGAUGAUGAGAAUGAAAAUAAAGGUACUCCAACUUUGACGCAGUUCUUCAAUAAAAAAGAUUGCAAGCCUGAAUUAGUACGAAAUCGUUUCUUUACUCAGAGACAGCUACAUCAUGUCACUUCUUUAUAGUGUGAACUUUGUUAGAAUGACUAAAGACUACAAUAGUUGUAUUGGAAUUUAUAUUUCUAUGUCAGAUAUUCUCAUUCAUGAGAUAAAAAUUGUAGUACGUUGAGUUUACUGGUGUUGAGUUUCUCUUGUUCAUGAUGCAACCUUUGUCACUACAACAUAUACAGCUUUGACUUUGAUACAGUUCAUAUAGUGAACAUCACACCCAAAGUUUGUACUUCACUGAUGCUUUCAAAUUUUUCCCAGAAUGUGUUCACUUUUGUAGCCUGAUGUGUUCAUAUGUUACCUGAUGUGUUCUUAUGUGUUAAUAUAUUAUUUGAAUUAACUAGGACAUUGAAUUCAUAAAUUAUAAGAGUGUGUAAAUGUCAUUACAUGACAUAUUUUUUUUUAAAUGUCUUUUAUGGAUGACAUGAGAAGAGUUGAGUGUCUUAUGUAGACAACGAUAUUAAUGAAUCUAAUAUAGAUUUGCGUUCUAUAUAAUGAAGGUUUUGCAUUCAUGUUUUAUGUUUUCAUACAUGAUUGUUCUUAGUUAGGUUUUAAUUUUAUGAAUUUUUUUCCUUUUCUAAAUUUAUUUUAAUUUAAAUCUGUACAUCUCUACUGUAUUUGUAAGAAAAAAAUCUUUAUUAUUUAUAGCCUGUCGAUUAACUGAACAAAAUACAGCAUAAAAUUGGAUUUGUGAAA